AUGUUUUUGACAACACUCUUUGGCCUGUGGCCCACCAAAAUUUUAUCAGCAUUAAGCUGGCCUAUCAGCAAUCUAUCAUCGACCUCCAUUGCGCGCUACAUUGGUGGAGCAGCUGGGUUUUUCGCGCUCAAAUUUGUCUGCAAAUGCGUCUACCGUAUUACAUGGCACCCACUAGUGAAAUAUCCUGGGCCUUUCUUGGCGAGUGUUACAGAUCUUUAUGCUGCUUAUCACGGCUUCCUUGGGGACAUACAUCUGGACAUAUGGCAGUGCCAUGAAAAGUAUGGUCCCUUCGUCCGCUACGGUCCCAACCGUCUGCUCGUGAACUCGAGCAACGGCUUGCAUGAUAUUUAUGGUCAUGGUCAGAAUUUCCAGAAAUCAAAAGCAUACUUACCCAUGGUACCUGAGGAAGGUGGUUGGUGUACUUUGACCUGUAUCGACAAGUCUAUGCAUCGCUACAAGCGUCGAUUAAUCACUCAGGGGCUUUCAGACGAUGCCUUGAAGGCCUUUGAGCCUUCUUUGCUAGCGCAUAUCGACAUCUUCUGUCACAAACUUGGUGAAGGCGGUCUCAGGCGUAACGGCCAAUGGACAGAGCCUCGAAACAUGAACGACUACGACAAAUGGCUCACACUUGACGUCAUGGGUGAAUUCGGGUUUGGGGAAAGGAUGGGAUUAUUGGAAAGUUCGAAACACCGUUUCAUCAUCGAUGUGAUGCAUUUCUACAGUUGGGUCAUGGGGUUCUAUGAACAAUUUCCGGGAAUUGCAAAACUCCGCUUAGAAUAUGUCUUGCUCUUCGGGCGGCGAUUACUACGCUUGAAUACGGCAGCGCAAGAUCAGUGGGAGGACUGGAAAGAUCGAUUCGCUGCUUCUGUCCUUCAAGAGGAUCAAUCGCAACAGAAAGGUCUUUUCUCGACCGUUCUCAAACUCAGGAAUAAUUUCUCGCUGUCCGAGCUGUGGGCUGAAGGCUCCUUCUUAAUGUUGGCUGGCUCGGAUACUUCUGCCACGACGCUGUCUGGUCUGUUCUUUUACCUGGCGCACAAUCCAGACGUUCACCAAACAUUAGAAAAAGAAAUCAGGUCUAGCUUUGCCGAAUCAGACGCUAUCAUUUCAGGUCCGCAGCUUUCCUCAUGCGUCUAUCUCCAUGCUUGCAUUAAUGAGACCCUGCGGAUGUCCCCAUCGACACCCGGAGCUCCUUGGCGGGAGGCUCAAGCAGGCGGCGCUGUUGUGGACGGAAAUUCUGUUCCUGCGGGUUGCGAUGUUGGAACAUGCAUUUACGCACUACAUCAUCGCGAAGAGUAUUUCCCGCAAUCUUACGCUUUCGUGCCCGAAAGGUGGCUCUCCGGAGCUUUGGUGUCAUCUGAACAGCUUAAAGCGGCACACAAGGCAUUCAAUCCUUUCUCGCUCGGUCCAAGAGGGUGCCCUGGUCGAUCACUGGCGUUACUGCAGAUUAGCCUGACGCUGGCGCGUGUCCUUUUUGACUUUGACUUCCGUCUUGCCGAGGGGGAGCUCGCCCAUGUUGGGGAGGGCACUCCUGGUGUCAUUAAUGGCCGACACAGAGUAAGCGAAUUUCAGCUCAGCGCUCAUGUGACUGCCUCAAGCAAGGGUCCACAGCUUCAGUUUCGUGCGAGAAACAUUGAAGGGUUUAAGCGCUGA